AUGUGAGUUAAUCUCGUGAGCGGAGAAAUGCCAAGUCCUAAAUGUCAACAGAUUUGUGGUAUUCUGCUUGCAGCCAUCGGUUUGUUGAUUCUGAUAGUGACACUGUCAGGCCAAAAACCACUUCUUACAUACAUUGAUAAUCUUAUAAAAACGCAAGUUCAUUUGUCACCAGGCACUGAAACAUACGAUAAUUGGCAGACACCCCCUGUCUCUAUUUACGAUGAUAUCUACCUCUUUAAUAUCACUAAUCCUAUUGAAUUUAAUAAAGGCGAGAAAGCUAUUUUAGAGCCAGUUGGACCUUAUGUUUAUCAGAAAUAUGAGAUUAAAAAACAGGCUAACUUUUCCGGGGACCUAAAAUAUGCGAUGUACUACGACUACUUGUACUUUGUGUUUAGUGAGUCAGAGACCCAGAAACACAACAACAACACAUCUUUAAACGAUGUUAUAUUCAUACCCAAUGUUCCUCUGUUGACUGUGGUGUCACAAAUAGCCCACAACUCCCUCAUUCCAGCUGCUGUUAAAACUACAUUAGAAGAGUUAGUAGCAGUAUACGAACAUGCAGAAGGUUUAGAUUACCUCACAUUAAACGGAACAGUACAGGAUAUUUUGUGGGGUAUGAGCGAUCCUAUUAUGAGCAUACUACACUCUCUAAAACUUGCUCCUUCUCCUCAAUUUGCUCUUCAGACUAACGGUUCAACAGACGCUAAUGCCAUGAUAUUACCCACUGUGGUAUACACAGGACACACUGAUAUCGCUAAAGUAGACGAGUAUCACCUCUUUCACGGCAGAAAUUCCAGUGGAUGUUGGGGAAGUAAUGCAGCUAACACUAUAAACGGAACAGAAGGCAGCAUGUUUGAACCGCUGCUUAUCUACAAUAAAACCAAAACUUUGACAAUCUACAAUGAGCAGCUUUUCAGAUCUGUAGAUUUGGUGUUCACAAAUGAAAGCUCUUAUGAGGGUAUAGAUUGUUACGAAUACAGAAUCCCAGAUUGGGCUCUUCAGAAUGUUACAAAUAAUCCUACCAAUGUGGCAUACUACGCCUGGAAGUACUCGGGAAUGCUUAACCUUACGGCUUGUGCCCAGAACGUGCCCCUCUACAUAACAAAGGCAAUGUUCCUGGAUGCGGACGUGAGACUGCGUGAGAACAUAACUUUAUCAGUGCAGGCUAACAAGACUCUUCACGAUACAUUCCUCUGUGUGGAACCGUACACAGGAGUAGUAGUAAACGGUCACAAACGAGUCCAGAUAAACGUCCAGAUGGAACACCACUCAACAACAGGGAUCCUAAACGAAACUCAGCCUGCCUUCAUCCCGCUCAUUACUGUAGAUGAGCACGGUAGCAUUACUCCGGAGCUAGCUGACAAACUGAAAUCAGCUCUUCUAGUUCCAAUACACGUGAUGCACAUUGGCUUCUAUCUGUUGUGUGCUUUUGGAACUGGCUUGGUUCUUGUCUCAGUUAUCAUUCAAGUUGUGAUAGUCAGCAACAAGUGCAGACAGGAAGAAGAAGAUAAGGAAGUGCUGGUGCCUGCCGAGGAGGAGGAAACAGACAAUAAAUCUGGCUACGUCAGCGAUAACUCGGAAAAACAACGACCUCACGUUGUUUAGCUGAUAAGAGUAUCUCAAAUGUUUUAAAUUGUUGGACCAGUACCUGAGUCUGGACGCAGGAACAAGUCGGUAUUAUGAGGCGUCAGAGUAGAACCUGACGUUUAGGGGUCGUUCACAUAUU